CAAAGAGUUAAAAGGAAUUAAAUUGGUUCAGAUUUCUGAUUUAUACUUUUUGCAUUACUUUUCAAUUUGUAUCAAUAAAAUUUAACAUGAAAAUUAUAAAAUGUAAUUUAGAAAAUGCAGAAAAUGACAAAGAAAUUAGACGCCAAAAAAAUUUGGAGAAAGAUAGAAGAUAUAGAUUGAAAAAUUUAGAAAAAAUAAGGGAAGCGAAACGGGCAAGAUAUGCGGCAAAUAAAGAAAAGGCAAAAGCCAAACGCGAUGCAAAUAAAGAAAAAACAAAAGCAAGAUAUGAAUCAAAAAAAGAAAUUAUUGAAGAACGAUCGCGAGCAUGGUACGUUGCAAAUAAGGAAGCUGUUAAAGAAAAAUACCAAAAACAACGUCAGCUCCAUACUGCGAGCAAUGAGAAAAAACUAAGACAGAGAAGGAAAAAUUGGACACCUGCGCAAGAAAUAGCUCUUAUUAAUUUCCUAAAGGAAAAUGUUGAAUUUGAAAAACCAACAGCACAAGCAUUUUAUAAACGUUUUGUCCAAAAUAGUGAUCUCAAUGGUGAUUGGAAAAUGGUCCGAUUAAAAAUGUAUAACAUGCGUAGAACUUAUAAGAACACAAAAGAAUGGUUAAAAACAAUAGAUACAACUAUGACUAAUGCGGACGAAAUUAAAUAUGCCGUAUGUAGCAAGUUUCGCUUUUAUUAUGAAUUCGAAAAAAUCUUUGGAUCAAAUACUUUAAAUUUAUUUCAAUAUGCUAAAUUGAAUUCGGAAACAAUUAGUGAUCAGACGUCAAAUGAAGCAUCCAUUACUAUAGACAAAACAGACAAUGCAGCAUUUAAAAUUUAUUAUAACAAGAUGCCAAGUAGAAGCCACGACAGAAGUUCUUUUGUAUCUGAAACUCUAUUAAGCCGCACAGGGAACGAACUAAUAAAAAAUAUUCAAUGCAAUUUUUCGACUACUUGCUGUAGCGAAGCAUGUUUACGCUCAGUUGUAUCUGGAAUGGCUCAAUACCAAGCAGAUAUUUUUACUUUAGGAAAAGAAAAAUUCAACUACGACGCAAUAGUUAGAGAAAAACAAAUACAAUUGCUUAGUAGAAAGGUGUCAAUACAAGAAAAAGAAUUAGAUCUUAUGAAAGGAGAUUUAUCAAAUCAAGAGCAUUUAAAAAUAUUGGAGUUAGAGAAAAAAGAAGAGACCGCAAUGAUAGAACUUGAACUUAAAUAUAAAAAUUAAAAUUUAUUU